AUGCCGUCUGAAACUGUCGCUGCUUCCACGGACGAUGCUCGUGCCUCAGCGAAUGGCGAUGGUUACAACGUUCAAAGCGUGAAAUCUGCGCUCAAGGGCGUCAACCAGAUGGUGCAGCACUUGCACGAGAUUGAGUGCCUAGGCGGUUCCAAGGGCUUCAACAAGUGGCUCGCCGAGGCGAAGCCUCUCCCUAUGCACGUCGACACCGGCACUUUCACGCAGUACAUGCCUUGCAACGUCACCGUCGAAGGAUCAGUACUCCACACCUCCUUCCAGGUUUCUUCGGGAUUCGGGGUUCCUUAA